CCAGCUCCAACAGAGCCCAACUGAGAGUGACAUACUGAUUGGUUCACCCAUGGUGACGCUCUAACACUAAUCUGUCUUAGAAUCUGUUCUGAACUACAGAGAGUCUAAACACUUAUAAUUUAACUGAAUUGUUGAGAAGUCUGUGCUUCCCUAGAUUCUUCAGAAAAUCAGCAGCUCUGCUAAAAAAGGUCCCUGCUUUUCUCAUUUGUAUCUCUAUGCAGGAAACCUGCCUUCUCGUUUGAGGGAUCCUGUCACCGAAAUGUGUGAGUCCUUGGAUAAAUUUGGCUUGGUGACGGCAAUGCUUUCUUCAGAGACACUGCCACUUCCUCCAUGUUCCUUUUCUACCCUGGCCUAAAUUUCUCAGUGUUAAUCCCUGUGAUAAGUCAGAGGAUUUGCCCUUCUCACACUUUCCCACCACUAGGUAGCCUCUCCUUUCUCUUACCUCUUUUAGGAGGAAUUGGGGCUGAAGUGUCAAGACCUGUGGCUACAAAGGAGAUGAGGGCCUCAGGAGCAAUACUGCUGGUGGUACGGCCUUAGCUCCUGUUGGGUUCUUAUCUAACUGUGUUGCUAUUGGCAGACUUUCUGGAAGCUGCUGGGGGAUGUCUGACUAGCUCCAAUGGAGCUCCACUAUCUUGCUAAGAAGAGCAGCCAGGCAGCCCUGUGUGAUGCUGUGGACUGGAGUUCAGGAGGGCUUCCCAGGGACCAGGCAGAUGCAGCAGCCACCAAAGCUGCUCUCUGCUGCCAGAGACAUUGUACGUCGACACCAAGAGCACCAGAGAGGGAAGGGUCUAAACUUAGCCCUUCUCCAGCAUCCCCUUCCCCCUCACUGCAAGACAGUGCUAUUCAGCUAGACUUCUUGCCACCAGGGCUUCUCAACUCAGGGAACAACCAAAUAACAGCAGAACAGAAAGUCUGUGACUGCUGUAGCCAGGAAUUAGAAACCUCUUUUACCUAUGUGGAUGAGAAUAUCAACCUGGAGCAAAGGAACCGGCGUUCCCCUUCAGCAAAAGGGAGUAAGCACCUGGGAGACCUUGGCUGGGGAAAUCCAAAUGAGUGGUCCCCCGAGGCUGCCAUAUCGCUGAUAUCCGAAGAUGAAGAUGAUGCAAGCUCGGAAGCCACCUCUUCAGGGAAGUCAGUAGACUAUGGUUUCAUAAGCGCCAUCUUGUUCUUGGUCACUGGCAUCUUGCUGGUGAUCAUCUCUUACGUUGUCCCACGGGAUGUGACUGUGGAUCCCAACACUGUGCCGGCCCGGGAGAUGGAACGUCUGGAGAAGGAGAGCGCGAGGCUGGGGGCUCACCUAGACCGCUGUGUGAUUGCCGGCCUCUGCCUUCUCACGCUUGGGGGGGUCGUUCUUUCCUGUUUGCUAAUGAUGUCCAUGUGGAAGGGGGAGCUAUAUCGGCGUGACAGGUUUGCCUCUUCCAAAGAGUCUGCGAAACUCUACGGUUCCUUCAACUUCAGGAUGAAAACCAGCACUAAUGAAAACACCCUGGAGCUGUCCUUGGUAGAGGAAGAUGCUCUCGCUGUACAGAGUUAAUUCUGGUUGUGAACUUCUUGAGAGUCUGCCUUGGCAUUUUAUAUGAACAGAACAAAGCAAAGCAAAACAAAACACAACACAUUUCUUAAAAUUAACAGUGCAGUUUAUUUGCCUGGCGAGGAAAGUCUAUUUCCCAAACGAACAGCCAGUGAGUGUUUUUGUUCUCUAUGUACUUUUAUUUAGAAGAAAAGCCAUGUAAGAUGCAUGAAGAAACCACAACCAGCUUCACCAGUCCUCAAGAGCUGAGAGUAAUUAAUCUGUAAUGGCCAUCAGCUUCUACUUCUAUAGCAAAAUACUUCUAACAAUCCAGUGUGCGAGCGAUUUCUUUUACAUGAUAUGGGAUAUUAUUCUUUGGACACUAGGAGGUGUAGGAUCAAUUAGCAACCUAUUUUGUGAAAAAGAAUGUAAGCGCUAAUCACAUAAUAAGGCUUACAUUUAAUUCUCAAAGGUGCUUAUCCAUUUUCUUGCUAAAUUUAUUCUUCCUGUAAUUUGGCUAAACACUAAAAUAUGGGGUUUUGACUUUGAAUAUUUCGAAGCUUGAGGAUACUGAUUAUUAAAAAAUGCAAAAACACAUAUGUUAUAUUCAAAACUAUUCCAGUACACAGAAGUGGUAACUAAGUCAUUAGAAUAAACUUUCUAGUAAAAUAAAAUUAUAUAAAUCAAACAAUCUGAAUUUAACCCAGAGUGGUAGUGUCAGAUAUGAGGCAGUGUCACAUGCCCAUUUUCUAGAUGAAGUAAAAUUAAUUGCUGAUAUAAAUUUCAUUUUCUGUUUGUGAUUUAGCUAUCAUACUGGUUAUGCGCACUCUUGAAGUCUUUCCUGGUUCUCACACCAGAGAGGCAAGAAUAAGAUGUUUUUAUCCUAUUUCCAGAUAUCUAAGCAUCUAGGCAGGUUGACUCAUGAUUGGCUCAGGCACACUCCCAGGUGACAUUUUGUUGUUGUUUGGAGAAAACCUCCAAUACAAGUGCAGCUAGACUCUUGGGGACCGUGCCUAGAAACUGGUGUCAUUUACUCAGGCCAAGCAACAAGUCAUUGCGCCAGGAUGGCAGCAGUCCUUAAGCUCACAGCCAAAAAUAUUAAAAUGAGAAGAGAGAGAGACAGACUAAACACACUGACUCAGUGGGAACUGCACUCCUCACCAGAAUCCACCUGCCCCUAACAAUGGUCUAGGCAUCAUUCUGAGCACCUAAUAUCCAGGCCCUGAGCACCUGUGAGAUCUUGCCUCAUGCAUUCAAACUUGCUUGAUUAGAAGCACCGUGAGCAAAACAGUAAAUACUUUGUAAAACACACACCUAGCAUCCAUGCUAACUCAGCGUCUUGGUACGGUUAUGGUUCAAGAAGGGGAUGGGGAAUGCAGCCUCAGAAAUAUCUUGCAUUUUAGAAUUCUUCUCUGAGGUGUUUCCAACUUCCCACUUCAAGAGUGGUUUUAGUUUCCAUUACUGUGUUACCAGGAUCAGUGGGGCCAUUCUUAAAGAGGACUGGAGCUGGGAAUUGGGGUGGGAGGGCAGGAAAGGGGAGGUGAGAAAGUGAUUUCUUUGUAGAUUCUAAAGCCUAAUUCUAAUGUCUGAAGUUUUUGUUGUUAUUGAAGACUGUGGAAUAUGUGGGUGACUUUGGCUGGCAGAGUGUGUGAGUCAGGAUAUUUAUGUGAGUGAGCUCUUGUGGGUGUCAGAUUGAUUUGAUGAGUUAGGUACACUAUGUGUUAGUAAGGGUUAAAGCGAAAUGCAAAAAGAGAAGAUCAGAGGAUAAUAAAAAUAGUGAGGACAGGUGUGUGAAAGAAUUAUUAGGUUAAAAUGGUAAAUUAUAUGGACAUCAGAGGAAGCUGGAUGUAGCUGGAUUACCUUAUCCUAUGUAACAGACUAUUACUGAUUUGGAAAUAGUUGGUAUAAUAUAGACAUGAUUUCUGUUUUCUACCGCUUUUUGAACAAACUUUUGUUUUACUGUGACUCUCAUGUGUUGAGGCCGGCUUAACAGCAGUAUAAAUUUCAUAUUCUGAGGUUUACAUAUAAAUUUUCAGAUUCUAGCCUGCUUGAGGAUCUACUUUGCGUGACGUUGAGGCAAUAAGGGAAUAAUCUCCUUGGCUUCGUGAGUAGGUCUGAGCUGUGUGUUUUUUUAAAAUAUACUUUUAAAAAAUACGUGUUUAUUCAGAGAUGCUAAAUGGCAUCAGCUGAGUUUUGUUUUUAUUUAUUGAUGAAACAGGAUUAAUUAGUCAAAUUGCAGACAAACAAUUAAUGAGCAGCCUGAUUUUCAGCUUCUGAAGUAAGACAAAUUUGAGAAUCAGGUGUUAGGACGUUUUUUCAGUUCUGUAAAACUGAUGCUAGAGGAGAAAAAGUCAAAGCUCUUCCUUUGGAAGCAAUUAAUGAAUGUUGUAGUGCUACCAAACUACAUAUAGUUCUGAUGUGAUCUAAAGG